CAACGCCGUACAUAAAUUUAAUUGACAACAAACAUUUACCAAUUAGGUACCAUAUAGUACAACUCUUUGAACAGUGACCGCUAUUCGUAAUAAUUAUUAAUUAUCCACGCCUUUUGUCGUCGGAAGUAAAUCCAACCACUUCCGGUCGUCAAAAAAUUGUCAUCCUUUAUGUAAUUUCAGUUGUUGCGAUAAUCGUUAAUCGUUGUUAUCAAAGCAAAAUAACACACCGUUCCAUUGGCUAUUGCUGUUAUCAUAAAUUUCUCGUUGUAAAUUCGGUGAAAAGCGGAAGUGAAAAGUGAAAACCAAUCAGUGACAAUAAAUUUGAUUGAAAAUGGCUGGGAAUUUUUGGCAAAGUUCACAUUAUCAACAAUGGAUAUUGGACAAGCAAGAUCUAGUCAGAGAGCGUCAGUUAGAUUUACAAAUAUUAAGUGAAGAGGAAUAUCAAAAAAUAGGAAUCUUCUUUUCUAAUUUCAUCCAAAUUUUAGGUGAACAACUGAAACUUAAGCAGCAAGUGAUAGCUACGGCAACAGUUUAUUUUAAAAGAUUUUAUGCUAGAAAUUCUCUCAAAUGUAUUGAUCCUUUGUUAUUGUCUCCAACUUGUGUUUUCUUAGCAUCAAAAGUUGAAGAAUUUGGUGUAAUAUCAAACAGCCGUUUAAUAACUACUUGCCAGACUGUUUUGAAAAAUAAAUUGAAUUAUGCAUAUACCCAAGAAUUUCCUUAUCGAACUAAUCAUAUAUUAGAAUGUGAAUUUUAUUUAUUGGAAAAUUUGGACUGUUGUUUGAUUGUAUUUCAACCUUACCGUCCAUUGCUUCAAUUGGUUCAAGAUAUUGGACAACAUGAAGAUCAAUUGUUGGCCUUAGCAUGGAGAGUAGUGAAUGAUAGUCUUAGAACUGAUUUGUCAUUGUUAUAUCCACCAUAUCAAAUAGCUAUAGGAUGUUUACAAAUUGCAUGUGUUAUUAUGCAAAAGGAUCUCAAAUCAUGGUUUGCAGAGCUCAAUGUGGACAUAGAUAAAAUACAAGAAAUAUCAAGAUAUAUAAUCAAUCUAUUUGAGUUAUGGAAAUCUUAUGAUGAGAAAAAAGAUAUUCAAGGGUUACUAAAUAAAAUGCCUAAACCUAAAUUACAGCCAACUCGAUAAUAGUUCUUAUAAACAAAUUUUUUACUUUUUAUACAUUCAAACUAAUUUAUAUUUUUACUUCAAUUUAAAUAAUCAAUUAUGACUAGUAAAUAUUUAAUAGUUUGUUUAAUUUUUUAGUUUUUUAUUUAAACUUGGUCAAUUGGUGUUUGUCAAAAAUUUAAUAGAUAUUUCAUAUUUAGAAGUAUUUACACAUAUAUAUAUAUAUAUGUGUGUCUAUUAUUACUAAAUGUUGUUAUAUUUAGCCCAUAAUGUGUGUUCCUUUUAAAAUACUUAAAUUUAGAUGAUUAUUUUAGUGAUUUACGAGGCUGGGCAAGUUAAUGAUUUUUUUUGACUCAGUUAAGUCAAGUUAAUAUGCCCCAAUAACAAAAAGUCAAAGUUAAUUUGAUUAUAAAUUAACUCAGUUAAGUUAAAAGUUGAUACCAAUUUUUUUUUAUAUACAACGCUAGUGUACUUACUUGUUUUCCAAACCAAAACUAUAGUGUUUAUACUUAAUACGGUGCAGUAGAGUCUCGCUUAUCCGGACAUCCGUAUAAUUCGGACAAUCUAUAUUUCGUACUUUAGUAAUCAUGUAUAAUGGAAAUACCUAUGGUUAAGAUAUCAUCGUUUUGAUUAUAUAUAUAUUGUGUUUGUAUUAUUUUUUUAAGGGAGUUCAGUCUUAUUUUCUUUAAAUUUGUAUUGAUAUAUGUACAUACGAGUAUGUAAUACAUAUAUCAUAAUCACGGUUUUCGACUUACAGCAUUUGCUUAUUUUUAUGCAUUGACUUUUUAGUAGCAGAUCGCUAUGGAAAUGUACGUCAUGUUACAACACGUUCAAUUAUGAAAUUUGAAAGUGCUCUUUUUUGCUUUUUUCAGC